CUGGCUGCGCCUUGGUGCUGAGCGGAGCGCUCACCUGCAGAUGAGAGAGCCGGGGAAACUCGGGGCAGCACACUCACUAAGCGCGCAGAGGGACGUAACUAACAGUCUGACCGAGAAAGGGGGAAUAAUUUUUGGAAAAGAAAAAUACGAACCGACCCUCUUUCUGGUUCUUUUGUCCGGGCAGCAUUGAGUCGCUUCCUCGCCACGAUGAGAACUGACUUCGCUCUGGUCCUGACAGCAGCCCUUCUGCUUGACACAUUCUGGAGGAAUAAUGGGGUGCACGCUUCCAAAGGUCCCUGCCAACCUGGCUUCUCACAAAGCUUCUACUCUGUGCUGAUUUCAAGGGAUGUACUGCAAGGUCAGGGCAUACUUAAAGAUACUACUGUCUCAUCCCAGAAAGUGAAGUUUGAUGACUGCAUGGGAAAUGAAGGUGUGGUCUUCCAGAGCAGCAACCCCCUCUUUGGCGUGCGGACAGAUGGAUCCAUCUUUGCCCAACGAGAGGGAGCCAACCUGGAUGAACCUGUCCAAUUGAAACUGACAGCAAGUGGUCCGCACACUCAUGUCUGGGAGACUAUGGUGCAGUUGGCACUGAUUGACCUACCAUCAUCCCAACAAACUGAAAAUGAGGUCACAGAGAAUGAAAAGAAAGUUGCUGGGAGAAAAGAGAAGAAGGAGGUGGUACAAACACCACCUCCUGUCAUCACGUUCCCAAGGUCCGGUCGCAACAUCACCAAGGGUCUACGAAGACAGAAGAGGGACUGGGUAAUCCCACCAAUCAAUGUGGCUGAAAAUUCUCGAGGACCGUUCCCUCAGAUGCUUGUCAGCAUUCGUUCCGACCAGGACCAGGACAUCUCAAUCCGGUACAGCAUCACUGGGGUGGGAGCAGAUCAACCACCAAAUGAAGUAUUCAGUAUCGACCCUGUGCUUGGAAAGAUGUUUGUCACCAAACCUCUUGAUCGAGAACAUCGCUCUUCAUAUCACCUGCGAGCCCAUGCUGUGGACAUGAACGGCAACCAGGUUGAGAACCCUAUCGAUCUGUACAUCUUUGUCAUCGAUAUGAAUGACAACAGACCCGAGUUCAAAAACCAGGUCUACAAUGGCUCUGUGGAUGAAGGCUCGAAACCAGGAACAUAUGUGAUGCAUCUGUCAGCAUUUGAUGCAGAUGACAACACCACAGCUAAUGGAAUGGUGCGCUACCGGAUCCUGUCCCAGACACCGCACAGUCCGAUCCCUAACAUGUUUACCAUCAACAGCGAGACCGGAGACAUUGUGACAGUGGCGCCUGGUCUUGAUCGAGAGAAAGUGUCCCAGUAUACCAUUAUCGUGCAGGCCACGGACAUGGAGGGCAACCUGAACUUUGGCCUUUCCAACACAGCCACUGCCAUCAUCACUGUCACGGACAUCAAUGACAACCCUCCCAUGCUGACCUCCAGAACUUUUUCUGGAGAGGUCCCCGAGAACCGUGUAGAUGUCGUUGUGGCUAACCUGACGGUUAUAGAUGCUGAUCAACCGCACUCCCCUAAUUGGAAUGCCAUCUACAGGAUCAUCAGCGGAGACCCAUCUGGGCAUUUUACCAUCCGCACUGACCCGAUUUCAAAUGAUGGCAUGGUCACCGUGGUGAAGCCGGUAGACUUUGAGAUGAACCGUGCCUUCAUGCUGACGGUAGUGGUGUCCAACCAGGCCCACCUAGCCACUGGCAUCCAGUCCUCACUCCAGUCCACGGCUGGGGUCACCAUAUCUGUGCAGGAUGUAAACGAACCUCCUUACUUCCCCACAAACCCAAAACACAUCCGCUUUGAGGAAGGUGUCCCUGCUGGCACCAGCCUGACGACCUUCUCGGCGUCAGAUCCCGACCGACUUCAGAUGCAGCAGAUAAUCAGGUAUUCAAAGCUGAACGACCCAGCAGACUGGCUGUCCAUCAAUAGAAGCAACGGUCAGAUAGUAACCACAGCAAUGCUCGACCGGGAGUCUGUCUAUGUAAAAAACAACAUAUAUGAAGCCACAUUUCUCGCAACAGACAAUGGCUCUCCUGCAGCCAGCGGCACAGGCACGCUGCAGAUCUAUCUGAUAGAUAUUAAUGACAACCCCCCAGCACUCAUACCCAAAGAGUCUCAGAUCUGUGAAAGGACGUACAGGAGCAUCAACGGUGUCAACAUCACUGCCGCUGACGCCGACACAGACCCCAACGCUGGACCUUUUGUCUUCGAGUUGCCCACGUUUCCCACCACCAUCCGCCGUAACUGGACAAUUUCUAGGCUCAGCGGUGAUUUUGCCCGUUUGAGUCUGCGGUAUCAAAUAUAUUUAGAGCCUGGAGUGUAUGAAGUCCCUGUAAUCGUGUCAGACUCGGGGAACCCUCCAUUGUCCAACAGGUCAGUCAUCAAAGUUAAGGUGUGUCCCUGCGAUGAAAACGGAGAUUGCACCACCCUCGGGGCCGUGGCAGCUGCUGGCCUAGGAACUGGAGCCAUCAUCUCCAUCCUCAUCUGCAUUAUCAUACUACUCAGCAUGGUGCUGUUGUUUGUGGUGUGGAUCAAGCGCAGAGAGAAGGAGAGGCAGACAAAGCAACUGCUCAUUGACCCUGAAGAUGAUGUCAGGGACAACAUCCUCAAGUAUGAUGAAGAGGGAGGAGGAGAAGAGGACCAGGACUAUGACUUAAGCCAGCUGCAGCAGCCCGACUCCUUGGAGCACAUCAUCAGCAAGCCGCCUGGUGUCCGCAGGGUGGAUGAGCGUCCGAUCAUCCCAGAGUCCCAGUAUCCAAUCAGACCUGUUGUUCCCCACCCCGGAGACAUCGGAGACUUCAUCCAUGAGGGACUGAGAGCAGCAGACAACGAUCCUACUGCUCCUCCAUACGACUCCUUGCUGGUGUUUGACUACGAGGGUAGCGGCUCCACCGCUGGCUCUGUCAGCUCCCUCAACUCCUCCAGCACAGGAGACCAGGACUAUGACUACCUCAAUGACUGGGGCCCCCGAUUUAAGAAGCUGGCUGACAUGUACGGAGGAGGGGAUGAUGAUUAAAUUUGCCCAGUCGCACGCGUACACACACACACACACACGCAAACACACAUCCUUGUCCCGUCAGCUGGCCUGCCAUGCUCUGACCCCUAAAACAAGGGGCUAUUACAUCCUUAUUGAACACAAGAUAACAAGGACAUGUUCACACUGACCAACGGACUGACCAACCAACCAAUCAAAUUGCCCACCACAGAGGACCAGCGCCAUGAGUCAGUUUCGGGUGCUCUUCUCAACCGUCUCCUGCUCUAAGCCUGUCUGUGACUGAAAUGGAAGCUCUGAUUUUUCAGACUUCUCAUUAAUUUUCAAAGUGUUGUGCUUUUGUUCCAUUUAAAUGUUAUAUGCUAGAUUUAGGUUUAAGUUCCUCUUGUCAGAUUUUCAUUGUUUUUUACCUAUGUUUGUGUAGCCUUUUAUUUUUAUUUAUUUUUUUAUAUCCUCACCCCUCUUCGAUUCAAGCUGUUCCCUAUUCCCGAGGGUCAUCGCUUUUCCCUCGCUGUCAGCCCCCGCCCGACUCUCUGAAGAAGCUUUAGGUUGAGCUGCUUGCUUUGUCUGAGGCAAACAAAGGAUAAGAAAAGGAGAACAAGAACAUCGAUAUGAAAGUCCUUCCUGCACGAAGGGCCUCAGUUUAUUCUUUCUUGAACUUGAAUUACUUAGAACAGAAGCACUGUUGUUUAAAAAAGUGCCUUCAGUGGUGCGUAUUUUAGCUGACUCCCGCUAACUCAGGAUUGGUUGCCAUUCUCUGGACUUACACGCCCCCAUAUGACCCCCUGACCCUUUAAUUCACACCUCCCUUGUCAUUUCUCCCGUCGUGCAGGGCUGUGGUAGCUGCGGGAGAUCUCAGUACUGGUUUCAGAGGAGUGGUGACUGGCCAACGAGGGCGCUUUAUGCUAGACGUACUGUACAUAGGCCUACAGUGUGUCUGUAACUUAUGGACAAAUCAUUAACUUUUCAAGUCAGGCAUAUCUGUGCUCCUAGAUCACAGCCAACUUGAAUGUGAUGAAUUAAAUCACAAAAAUACAUAACAGGACUGUCUUAGAGAAGAAAUGCAUUAUGUGUCUUUGUUUAUCGUGGCUUCAAUAGCAGCUGUGUUUGUUUUGAGCUCCCUGCGUUUGCAGCGAAAACUCAAUACGGCUUGUUACUAAAUUUGAAGUGUGACAAGUCACACGUGUUACCUCUGUAAUGUUUAACUAUGUAUGUACAGGUGAGGGUUAUUUAGGAAAAUGAAGGUAUUUAACAUGAUUCUGCCUUUAAGAUAACUUAAAGUCUGCGUGUUUAUGUGCAUCCAAAUCCCAAAUGGUUGAUUCUUUUCAUCUGGACGUAGCGUUUUCAGCGGGAGAAACGUUUCGUCACUUAGAUGCAAGAUAUUUGCGUCUAAAGGUAAUAACAUGGCACCAGUUAUCAUGCAGUAAAAGCGCCACAGAAACUAUAUUAAAUGUACAUUUAUGAAGAAACUACCAGAUAACUUUAAAUAGCUCUGAUAGCAUUACUUACAGAACAGUUAUCUUGUCCAGGCCCCAUUCUGAGUCCCUCUGUCUCCCUUUUUUUCAUUAUCCGUCUGUUGACUCACUGUUGUUUCUCAACAAACUUUUAAUAUACAAACUCUGGUGCUGGUCCCUGUCAGAGAAACUGUGGGAAUUGAGCCUCAGCCAGGGACUUAGUGCCUUCACAAUCUGUCUCUUUUCAGGCAGCGUUUCAUUCAUCUGAAAUUUUCUCCUAAAAUUUUUGGCUUUGAGUUCAAGAGGUUUUUAAAAAGAAGUUAGUAGAAUGGAAAGUAUAAGAAAUUCUGCACUUUAUCAAAGCAGAAAAAGCUAAACUAAAGCUUCAGUAAUAACGUUUUUCUAUGAGACAGACAUUUUGAAAGGCAGUUUUUGUUGUGACUUAAUGAAAAAGCAGCGCUACCCGUGGGUUUUUGUAAUCAUAUUUCAGGGCAGUGUAAAGAGAACUGGGGGGGAAAAAAAGAGCUUUAGUCUCUGUUUUAUGUUAUUUAAAUACCCAAAACAUUUCACAGAGGGACCAGACGCUGGCUACAGAUAGAAAGGUUUAAUCGUUCCUUAUCUUCCUAGUGCAAAUUAAAACGCUUCUCAGUGGUGGCUCGUUUGAGCUCCAUGUGAACUGACCAGAUCGUCUAUAAAUAAUGAUUAUAAUGACUGCUUCGUGGAAAUAUCAGUAGCAGUCACAUUCACAUGAUAUGACAAGAAGGAUCCGGGACUCUUACUCUUUUUUCCCUCCUUCUUGCUGCUGCUUUUCAGUUGUUCUUCACCUGGUCGGUUUAAACAGAUUAAAAAUACAGUAUAAGUAUAAACGUGAAAAGUGAUGACAUGGAAAAAGUAAGUAUGCUCUCAGAGUGGAUGUACGGAAGUUGACUUGUGAUGAGAUAAAUGUAUUUUUUAUGCAAAUUGAAGAGAAGUUAAAAUGUUCAUUUUCAACUAUGAACAGGGAAAGCAGCAUCUAUAAGUGUAAUUAAUAAGGCGAACAGGGUAACAAUCUCUUAAAAUUAGGUAGUUGUAGGUCAAACCUUGCAUUGUAAAGCCAGAAAGUGGCGAUGUUCAGCGCAGCUCUCAGCUCAGACAUGAGAAACAGAGUGGUUCCCCCAGCUUACAGCUGGAUAAGCUCUUAUCUAUCCGACUGCUCCUCAGCCUCCAGAAUAUCUACACAAAAUAAACACAGCUGUUACUUUCUGCUAUUUGUGAUUAUUUCUGACAUAAGUGUUGUAUAUACGGAACAUUUUUAUACAUUAGAUGACAUGAUUUACCUGUUUCCGUGCAGUCUUUGCAUUUCCUUUCACCGUAGUUUUGUUUAAAACAAAUACCUGGCAAACUAUAUUUCACAAAAAGCCAUGUGCAUUUAAAAGAAUCUGUAGGAUUCUGUAAGAGCUUACAGCCAUACUCGUGUCGCUGUUCAACUUUUGCUUCAUUUUUAGCAAAAAGGCUCCACUUAAAACCAACUUGUACAGUCUAUACUAGCACACACUCACUCCUCUAGGCCUUACUGUAUAUAUGUGAGUGUUCUAUAAUAUAUGAGCCCGUUCAGCGUUGUUUUAAUCCAGCAGUAAAGCUGCGACUUUGCUGAUGGCCAUCCAGUGUUUGUAGAAUAAAGACAUGCUUCACAUACUACUCGUACUUUCUUAUUGGACAUUCAGACCAGAUUCAGGGCCAGACGGAACACGAGGCCCCACUUUAGACAACCUAACUGACCUUUAGAACCGCGUUGGUUAGAUAACGCAAUGACAUAACAAUACUGAAUGUUAAUGACUCACAGUUACACAGCAGCAAAUAUAUCAGUGGAUUGCAUCAGACUUGGCUCCCCAUUAAAAUGCCGUUUAUUUGGGGAAAUAACGGGGCUUUGGCCAUUAAUUGUUACCUGGUCCACUUGUCUUGUCCCUCUAUUAAAUGGAGAGAAAACGUUAACAAACAAGAUUGAAGGAAGAAAGAAGUAUUGCACUGCUGUAGUCCGACCCUGAUUUCUGUUUUGGUUAAGGGACAUUUAAUCUCACUCUGGACACUGCCUGACCAUGGACACAUGUGUGACGGGACGCUCCGACAGAAGCCAAACUAUUGUCCUGCAAAGGCUAGAAACACAAAGAUGAGCAGUGUUUCAUAAGAGUUAUCCUAAUGCUAUUCAAGUCCAAGUGUACAUAAUGUAGUAUUUGCUUGAAGCUAAAGAGACAAAGUUAGCCAAACUGUAACUGUACAAUUGGAGCUUUUUGCAUGUGUCUUUUUUAUAAUGGACAGAUGAGUUCUAUUACAGUAACAUACUACAUUUCAAAAAGUGUUGCAGCCCGCAUGACAGGCGCUGCAGUCCAGAAGGCAUUCUGGUGUACCAUAGUCACAUUGUUUCAAAUGGAGGAGAUUAAAGAAAAAAACUUUAAAAAAAAAUUGCACAGUUAUUGAGUCAAAAGACUUCUUUUGUAAAUUGUCAACAGCACAAAUAUUUUGUAUUGUUGUUUGUACCAUUUUGUAAAAAAAAAUGAAGAAAAAAAACAACAACCAAAAAAAAAAACCAAAAGGGAACGAGUCUGUUGUUUCAAGCGUGUGUUUAUAGUGCCACUGCAAUCUUGGUUUCCAAAUACCGUACAGUACAUGCGCAGCCUUGCAGAUCAACCUUGUAAUAUAGACGCUGAGCUGGAGAUUCCCUGUCAGCACCAUGUGUUAUAAAUAAAAUUUCCCCUCC